CAGAAAACUCAGCAUAGCUAGGCUAGCCGGGUGCCCGUCACGAUGACAACGAUGAUCGGCAGACGGCGGCUCGUGUUCCAUUUGUGCUUGAUUUCGUUGCUAUUGUUUCUCUCUUCGUCGGCGUUGCCAUCUGUUUCCGCCGCCGCCGGGAGAAGGCAUUACAUAGUGUACAUGGGCGGUCACAGCUCCCUUCACUCCAGUUCCGCCACCGAAGCUGAUCUUCACGCCAUCACCAACUCCCACCACGCUAUCCUCGCGACUUACCUCGGAGAUAUUGAAAGAGCAAGAGAGGCAAUCAGGUACUCCUACACUAGGCACAUCAAUGGCUUCACUGCAAUCCUCAACGAGGGAGAAGCUGCACAGAUCGCCAAGCAUCCUGGAGUGGUGUCCGUUUUCCCAGACCGUCGCAAGAAGCUCCAGACGACGCACUCAUGGAAUUUCAUGUUGAUGGAGAAUCAAUUUACUGAUAAAGCAACCGCUUUCUGGAAGGAAGCUAAGUUCGGCCAAGAUGUCAUCAUCGCUAACAUCGACGGAGGUGUAUGGCCUGAAUCACAGAGCUUUAGCGACGAAGGCUAUGGUCCCGUUCCUUCCAGGUGGAAGGGCACCUGCGCCAAAGCUGGCAUCCGUUGCAACAGGAAGCUGAUCGGUGCUCGGUACUUCAACAAAGGAGUGCUGGCCGUCCCCACAGACGCCAAAGCCGGCGCCCACGCCGAUCUCUACAGCGUCCGCGACUUCGGCGGCCACGGCACUCACACCUUGUCCACCGCUGCCGGUAACUUCGUCCCCGGAGCCAACUUCUCCGGCGCCGCACUAGGAGUCGCCAAGGGCGGCGCACCUCGAGCUAGGGUCGCUUCCUACAAGACCUGCUUCAACGUCCCCGACUCGUGCCUCGAGUCCGACGUCCUCGCCGCGUUCGAGGCCGCCAUCUCCGACGGCGUCGACGUCCUCUCCGUCUCCCUGGGCGACGACAUCAACUACGACUACUUCGCCGACGGCCUCGCCAUCGGCGCCUUCCAUGCGGUCAGGGCCGGGAUCACGGUCGUUGCCGCUGGCGGCAACGCGGGACCGGGGCUCGGCACGGUGUCCAACCUCGCGCCGUGGAUGUUCACCGUCGCCGCCAGCACGAUGGACAGGUCGUUCGAGACGUACGCGGAGCUCAGGAACGGGCUCCGGAUUAAGGGUGCCAGCAUGACGGAGGCCCUGCUCCCAGUGCGCAAAUUUUACCCUCUGAUUUCCGCCGCAGAAGCUGCAGGGCUACGUCCCAAUGCGACACGGGACGCCUUGCUCUGUAAGCCAGGCUCACUGGACCCUGCCAAGGUCAAAGGGAAGGUCGUGGCGUGCCUUCGUGGUGACACGUCGCGACUUUCGAAAAGUAACGAGACCGCUAAGGCAGGAGCGGUCGGGAUGAUACUCUGCAACGACAAAUCGAACGGUGACGAAAUCUCUCCCGAUCCACAUUUCAUCCCCACCGUCCAGAUCGGGUACAAAGAUGGGUUGAAGGUUUUCAAGUAUAUCAACGGUACGAAAAAUCCUGAGGCGUACAUUACAGGAACAUUUUCCAGGUUUGGCGAGAAACCUGCUCCAGCAGUGUGCGAUUUCUCUUCCAGGGGACCUAAUGUCCUGAACCCUGAAAUCAUGAAACCUGACGUUACAGCUCCAGGAGAUCAAAUCCUGGCUGCCUUCUCCAUGAGCGCAUCCAGCGAGGCGACAGGCCCUGACGACCCCAGGAGAUUUCCUUACCAAUUCGAAAGCGGCACAUCAAUGGCCACUCCCCACGUGGCAGGAAUCGUCGCCUUGAUCAAGGCGGUCCAUCCUGAUUGGAGCCCAUCCGCCAUCCGAUCUGCCAUCAUGACCACCGCGAGGACCAAGGACAAUACAGGGAACCGAAUGACCGAGGUGGGCGGUGGAAGAACCAACUCCUUUGCUUAUGGGUCGGGCCACGUCAGGCCGAACCAGGCUGCUAACCCGGGGCUCGUCUACGAGCUGACCAACAACGAGUACUUGGAUUUCCUCUGCUCUCUAGGCUACAACACUUCCUCGAUCGGCACGUUCGAGCCUGGCCACAAAUGCUCCAACUCGACCCGCUGGAGCGUGUUCGAUUUCAACUACCCUUCGUUCUCCAUCCCCAAACUCGGGGCCGGACCGGUCACCCUGACCAGGAGGGUGAAGAAUGUGGGUCCUCCGGGGACCUACACGGCUCAGGUGAGGGAGCCCUACGGGGUGGCGGUGAAGGUCGUGCCCGAUGUGUUGAAGUUCGAGAAAUACGGCGAGGAGAAGAGCUUCAGGAUCAUGGUGGCUGCGAAAUCGAAAGGUGCGGCUAAGGACUUUGAGUUCGGUGGACUCACUUGGACCGAUGGAGUUCACUACGUCAGGAGUCCGAUCUUCUUCACUGCCUUGUUUUCCAAUAGCCUUUUGUGCAAACCUAAGACAUUGGAUCCGAAAAAGGCCAAAGGCAAGAUCUUGGCUUGCUUGAGGGGGGACAUUGGAAGGGUAGAGAAGGGUAAAAUAGCUGCCAUGGCAGGUGCUUCUGGGAUGAUUCUCUGCAAUGAUAAGAUCAAUGGUGAUGGUGAUCUCACAGCUGAUCCCCAUUUUUUGCCUGCCACUCAAAUUGGCUACAGAGAUGGUGUUGCACUUUUCCGUUACAUCAGUUCCACAAAACAUCCAAAGGCAUACAUUACUCCCUCAACUUCAAUGGUGAACGUAAAGCCUGCUCCAGUCAUGGCAGACUUCUCCUCCAAGGGGCCUAAUACCAUUGCACCUUACGUCCUCAAGCCUGAUAUCACUGCUCCUGGAGUGAACAUCAUUGCAGCCUACACUGAAGCCAAACCCACAGAUCCAAGUGAAGACCCUCGCAAGUUCCCUUAUAACAUUCUCUCUGGCACAUCCAUGUCGUGCCCUCAUGUCUCGGGAGUCUUCGGCCUUCUCAGGGCUGUCUACCCUCACUGGAGCCCCUCCGCCAUUCGAUCUGCUAUCAUGACCACCGCUAGAACAAGGGAUAAUGCUCGCAAUCCGAUCCUCGAUUCCACCCUAGAGAAGGCCACACCGUUUAGUUAUGGGUCAGGACACAUUAGGCCAAACCGCGCCAUGGACCCUGGCCUAGUCUAUGACUUGAGUGUCAGUGACUACUUGGACUUCCUAUGUGCUAGAGGGUACAACAAGACUCUCCUGAAGCUCUUCUCCGACGCUCCUCACGAGUGCCCCAAACACGCCAGGAUCAUGGACCUUAACUACCCUUCAAUUGCGGUCCCUAAACUUAAGGGUGGGUCCUCGAUCACCAUGACGAGGAAGGUGAAGAACGUAGGGAAAUCACCAGCCAGGUAUGCUGUCAGGAUCAAGGAACCAAAGGGUGUUUCGGUUUCAGUGAAGCCUAAUGUCCUAAAGUUCAACAAGCUUGGAGAAGAGAAGAAGUUUAAGGUGAUACUGAAGGCUAAAUGGAAUGGUACAGCUGAUGAUUAUGUGUUUGGAGGGAUUACAUGGACUGAUGGGAUACAUUAUGUUAGGAGUCCCAUUGCAGUGUAUGUCGUUACUGCUUAGGAUUUGGCUGCUGAAGUUCAAUACUUGUUCAGUUAGUUAUUUAGUAUGUGUCC